AUGGAGAGUAUUACAAAGCUGUUUGGUGAUUUGUGUGAGGCCCACAUAGCAGGUUUGUCAAAGAAGGUCCAUUUGGGCAGGGAAAAGAACAGCAAAAAAGGAUCCAGUAAAAGCCUCAAGAAAAUUGCUUAUAAUGCUUUGUUUUCUACCCUUUUCGUGGAUGAGACCCAAAAGGCACAGUCAAAUGUUUCUAGACUUCCAGUGAAAAACAGAAUUCUAAUGCUAUCUUUCAACUUGAGAGUUGCUGGAAUGGGGAAGGAAGCUGACCGGCUGGAGGAGCUUGUAGAUGAUUUGGAAAGGUCUACUUGUUUACCAUUUACUGAAAUUACUUCUGUUCUGGAUCUUCUGGUUCAGCUUGCAGGAACUGGACCACCUCAGUGCUUACCACCCAAGAAAGACUACUUUGCAAACAACAAAUAUGUUGGAAGAAAUGUAAAAUACCAAGGUUACGAUUAUUAUGAUGUUAGUGUGUUUGAAGCCGAUAUGCAGGCUUUAAUUGCAAAUGAGGAACAUCAGUUUAGUGAUACAGUUCAAAAGGCACUGCAGAUCAUGGAGGCAGCACCUGGCACAGGUCUUCCUACUGUGGAGUUAUUUUCACAAAGCUGCUCGGUCGGUGACAAGUUUGAGAGAGAAACCCGUGUCUCGCUCUUUGGGGCUCUUAUUCACAGUCGUACAUACGACAUGGAUAUCAAGUUGGAUUUUCCACCAGUGCCUGACAGUGCAGAUUUGUCUGGACUUGCAAUCAAGGUAUGGAACAUUUUCAGUGACCCUUAUUUUAUUUAUAUUUAGCAUAGAUAUUUGUUAGAGCAUGCAGGUUGUAAUAAAUUGGGCAUCUUCUUCAUCAAUGCUGUUGUUUUCAGUUAGACGCUCGUGAGCAAAAUUCUUUUUUAAUAAUUUCCUCGUGUCUUCCUUCUGUUGUCUAGCUGGUGUUUCCCUUUCUCUCUUGCUUGUGCAUCUGAGAGCACUUGCAGCAUUCUGACCCAUUCAGCUCCUUUGCAAAUAGUAGUUUCCACAUGUCACACUAUUUUUGAAAUCCAAAGGGGUACAAUCUGUAGCCACCAUCUUGUGUGUCAGAUUUAUAUGUGCAGCAGGGCUUUUGUUGUCUUUUUCACUUGCUUUUCCUCCAACACCUUGUAUAUAACAGUAUACACCAUUGUAAACAACUUUUGAAAUUUAAGGAGCAGGGGGAGGGAGAAGGCAGUAUUUUUGUUUGAAGGAAAUGCUUCAUGUAUUUCUCUCCUGAAUCCUACCAAAUGAUGUAUCCUGAUCUCAUCACAAUCUGUAUAUUGCAACAACUUUGUAAUAUAGCUCAUUAGCGUUCUCAUUUUGAAGAGGGGACGGGGGAACCACAUCUUAUUGUAUGGCUAAAGAAGGAUUUGAACCCACAUUCAUGGUCAGUAUUGUUUCUCGCUGUGCCCUUUAGUUCUUCUGCCUAGUAAAAGAGACAGUACAGACCAUCUCAAAUGUAAGAAUUAAUUUAUCAAGUUGCUCCUUACAGUUGGGCAAUACAUGCUUUGCCACACUUAUUUCAGAGUAAAUAAAAACCUAUUAAUCUUGGUCCACCAGGGUGUAGAUAGAAUAUGUAGCACUGUACUAGGAAUUUUUGAUUAGGAGAUGCAUCAGGAACAAUAUGAGGAACUAGGGAGGCAGGCUAAGAAGUUAACUCUUUUGGUCACAAUUAUGGAAAAUCACUGUGCUAAAAGAUAAUCAACUGGGUACAUGUUUUUAUAGGUCCCCCAAAGUAUAGAUCCUUCAGAAGAUGAGGGAUUCCAGUCUGCAUCCAAUCUCACCCCUGACUCCCAGUCAGAACCCAGCGUCACACCAGAUAUUGAUCUCUGGGAAGCAGUGCUCACCUAUGGACCUAGUAAGCGGAGAUGUUGGGAGAGGAUUGGAUGGUGCGUAUUUGUCUUUAAGAUUCAGAAUGUUGGGCUGUUUUUGUUGGAAUGAUUAGUAUCAAGUCAAUAUUUGUCAGUGAAUUUGAAACAAGUUUCCAAAAUUAUUUUUGAAAUAGCAAAACUCAAGACCUAGGGUGGUAUUCAACUAAGUUUUUACUCAGUGUAGACCUAUUAAAAUGAAUAGACCUAACUUGUACAUUAAUUUCACUGUGUCUUUUCUGAUUAAAACUUAGUUGAAUACCACCCCUCUAACGUUCCCAAUAAAACUGGGACUUGAGAAUGGCAGCUGAAUGGAAACUGGGAUCCAAAAGGCCAUACCCACAUAAGCUUCUCAGGCCUUCCUGUUGUAUCGUCCAAAAAGUUACGGAGCCUGGCAGAUGGGGAAUCUCUAGAGUGGCAUCCAUUGUACUAUUAACUGAGGGGAAUCUGGCAAACCCCCAAUGUGCUCUAGGCAUUCCCAUGGAUCUGCUUAGAUCCUAACAAUUGGGAGACUUUGCAUGUAAUUCUGAACCAUGGUCUACCAUUAUGAAAAUCAGCUGCAGUGAACCUUUGGAUCCCAGGCUUUCCUUUGCUCCUUGUGACUUCAAGGAGAUCAUCUUACAACGGUAGAGUUGGAAGGGACCCUGAGGGUUAUCUAGUCCAACCCCCUGCAGUGCAGCAAUCACAGCUAAAGAAACCCUGAGAGAUAGCUGUCCAACCUCUGCUUAAAAACCUUUAAGGAUGUAGAGUCCACCACCAUUCGAGGGAGACUGUUUCACUGUCAAACAGCUCUUCCCAUCAGAAAACUCUUCCUAAUGAUUAUCCUUUCUUGUCUUUUGAAUCCAUUGGUUUGGGUCUCUCCAACCCACUGAGCAGCAGUAAACAAACUUGUUCCAUCUUCCGUGUGACGGCCCUUCAUAUAUUUGGAGAUGGCUCUCAUAUCUCCUCUCAGUCUCCUGUUAUGCAGGCUAAAUGUGCCCAACUCCAUCAACCGAUUCUCUUAGGCUUGGUUUCCAGACCUUUUAUCAUCUUGGUCACCUUCCUCUGCACACUGACUUGUUGACAUCCUUCUUAAAUUGUGCUGCACAGGACCCCAGGUGGUGUCUGGCCAAGGCAGAAUAGAGUAGAUCUGGACUUCCGUUGAUGCAGCCUAGAAUUGCAUGAGCAUUUUUUGCUGUAACAUCUGAAUUGAUAGAGGCCAUGAAAAUCCUAGGCUUUAUGGUGGGUUGGAUGAAAGCCAUUCAGAAUAUCUCUCUUCUACAGGCCUAAGUUUUUCAGAGUGGCACUUUAUACAUUUGAUUGUUAUUUGUUUUCCCCCCCAAACACAGUCCUCCUGGGAAAAAAGAGGAGCCGUACCUUUCUGAAGCUGGCAGAGAAGCCUUUGACAAAUUUUGCAGACUUCGAGAAGGGGAAUUGCAGUUUUUCAGCAGUACCAAACUUCAGCUUCCACAACGUGUUUUAAUAAAAGAAUCAGAACUUGUUAAAGAUGUUUUGAAUGUCCUUAUUGGGGUGGUAUCUACUUCAUUCUCAUUUAAUCAGGUAUACAGAAGUAUGUAAAUAGCUGCUGAGGAGCUCUAACCUUUGCUUUUAAGACCCAGCAUGCACACUUGUGUUUUAUGUCAGCAGAAAUAAUAUUAUAGUAACAUUCAUCAUUUCACAGAGAGGAUGCAUGUUACUGAAUUUUGCAGAGCAUAUGAAAACAAGACUUAAGAUGCUCUGCAAGUAUCAUUUAUAUACCCGUAUGCUUAUGAAGAGUUACUAAGUAGACAGAAAAAACUAAUACGGGUUGUAUCCAUCAUAAGAGUAUUCAUUAAAAAAACAUACACAUACAAAUCACAAACGGGUUUAUAGUACAAAAUAUGCAGUAAAACCAAUACCUAUAUAAUAAUAACAGUAAAUCUAGAUUAAGAAGAGACUGACAUUAAUUGCCAGUAUGGACCCAAGCACACAAUCCAGGCAUGGUAGAUCUGGCAAUAAAAUGCAAUUUGCAUUGUACAGAAAGGAAUGUUUUGGGAACUGUUCCCUAGAAAAUAAGGGCUUCCAUGUGAAUUUUUAUGGAUUUAAUUUUCUUUAUAAUUUUCCAUGUGUGUAUAUUUAUUUUUCUACCUAAUGCCAUAAUAUUGAAUCUGCUGAUAAGCUAUUAAUGAUCACUUAGUGGUUUUUUGCAUAAUAGGUUCCCCCCCAAAAAAAGAUUUUUAAAGACAAACAGUGCACCUAUUUAGUAGCUCUAACUUAUGAUGAUGAGGACUUGUGUAUCAAUUUUGUAACUACUUUGUGUGCUGUACAUUUUUAUUGAUGCCUUCCUCUUUUUUACAACCCUGUAGGCAGCCGUGCUGUUUGUGGCCAAGCAGGGUCUACAUGUAUCUGGAACAUCACCUGAAAGCAUGAGCAGUCUCCUGUCAGAAGUUGCUGAAUAUGGAACUUAUUACACACGACUGAGCCGCUUCUCUGUCCAACCAGUUUUGGACUCUUCGUACAGAAAAGGACUUGUUUUUCAGGUAGCAUGCUGGCAGUUUUGCUAUCACUAGUCUAUCUUGAUGUCCUGCUAUAUUUCUGACUUUAUCUGAUGUCUGUUGGUUAGAUCCAAUUGCACCCUCUUGUUCAUGAAAGCAGCUCGGAUCCUCCAGCUUCACCUCCCAAGCUGUACUGUAGGGUCCCCAACACUCCUGAGCAGAGUUUUGGGAGAAGCAAGGGGGAAAGAAGAACAGAGCACCCCUUUCUAUCAGUAGAAUAUGGGGAUCUCUGGAGAGUACCCAAACUCUUUUAGUAGUGUCCAAACUUUUUUCGAAGAGUGCCAGAUUUGAUGAGGUGAAGGGCCAUGAGGGCUGACCAAAGUUGUUAACCAUUUUUUAGGACUGAAGUUGUUUUUUUAGGAUUGAAGUAGGUGGUUUUUUAGAAUUUUACCCCAAAAAUUAAACUGCCACAGGGGCCGGAUUAAACCGACCUGCGGGCCAGAUUAUGCUGCCGAAACGGACUUUGGACAUGCCUGCUUUACGACUGGUGCCAGUGUGGUGUAGUGGUUGAGAGUGGUAGUCUUGUAAUCUGGGGAACCGGGUUCGCGUCUCCGCUCCUCCACAUGCAGCUGCUGGGUGACCUUGGGCCAGUCACACUUCCUUGAAGUCUCUCAGCCCCACUCACCUCACAGAGUGUUUGUUGUGGGGGAGGAAGGGAAAGGAGAAUGUUAGCCGCUUUGAGACUCCUUAAAGGGAGUGAAAGGCAGGAUAUCAAAUCCAAACUCUUCUUCUUCUUCUGGAAGUGGGGAGAGGUAUAGUCUCUCCUCUGAACAAAAUGAGUUGUUAUACAGCUGCCUAGAAGCCAGUUUGGUGCAAUGGAUUUGGAGUUGAAAUUGGGUCCGGGAGUUGUUGAAAUCCUCUUUCAACCCACUGGGAGCAACAGUGGUUUACUACAUCGAGUCUUUGUGACGAUAGAGGAAGGAAAUAAAUGUGGCGUGCCUUGGGGCUUAGUCAUUAGGUGGGUGGGUUGUGGAUAAGAAUUACUAGUUAGAUCUAGUUAGAUUUCCCAAAGUGGAUUGCGGAAGUUUGGGACCCGGUUGUCGGGGAGGGAAGUUGAUGAAAGGGGACUACAGGAACAAGUAAUGAGAAUGUAAUGUUUAUCCAAGCAGUGAGGGCAAUCAGUCUAGGUUGUUUUGUGGACAGUUGUUGGCAUCUGUCUGUCUCAAGAGACAAUUCACCACCUCCAGAGGUGAAGUCAAACUGCUGGAGAAUUACAGCACCUGCUGUGGCUACAGAAACCUCCAACAAAGAUGUACAAAAGUGUCUGAGGCGAUUGCUGGAGUUGUGGAGAAAAACCAGGCACUCUUUACCAUAAGUGGUGGCAAUGAAAGAAAAUUAAUGUGUUUUGGGAGGGCAUUCAUUUAGAAUUGCAAAAAAUGCUAAAAAUCUCCUUUAAUAGAAAACCAGAGGCCUACCUUCUGGGGAUUACAGAUUUGGAUAUACCCCCCCCCCCCAAAAAAAAAGGGAUACCUUUUUAUAUGCUACGGUUGCAGCAAGAGUUUUUAAUUGCUGCAAAUUGGAAAUCUGACAAACUUCCAUCUAUGCAAGAUUGGAUCCAAAAAUUGACUGAAUAUACAGAGUUGGAUAACUUGUCUAAAAAAAUAAAGAAUAAACCAAAACAGGUAUUUGUUUCAAAAUGGGAAGUCUUUAAAAUAUAUUUGAAAAACAAUUACAGAAGUUAAAACUUUGUUGCAGCAUUUGACUAAUUUCAGUAGUAGUAUCAAGAAUGAUGUGAGAUCAAAGAAAAACUAAGAAUCAGUUAAACCAUGUAAAUACAAGAACAACAUAUAACUACAGUUAUAUGUAGUAACUUGUCCAGUGGUACAUUCUUAUUAAGUUUCAUAUGCAGUACACAAGCUGUACGUUUAUUUGUGCAUUGUCAAUUCAAGUAUUCUCUACACAGAGAUUCUUGUGUUGUGGGUGGAAUGAAAGCAUAUUCUGUCUCAUCUAUAAAGGAAAAUAAUGGAAGUCAAAUCUUGCCAAAAGUGUCUUAUCUCCUCUUUUGCAGGCUAAACAUACCCAGCUCCUCAUAAGGCUUGGUUUAUUUAUAUAAAUAUUUAUAUAAAUAUUUAUUUACCACAAAAUCAUAAAAAAUAUCAAAGCGGUUUACAGCAUUAAAAAGAUAAAAGCCAUACAAUGCAAGUGAAAAAAAAGUUAGAAAAAAAAGUUAAAAACAAGCGUCUGCUCAUAGGGUGUAAAUUGGGCUUGCACAGAUCCUAAGCAUCUGAAGGAGGCUCAACAAGAAUAGUACACCCAGUUGCCACUUUCCUAUAAGGCAUACACUGAAUGUAUGCCGUGCGCAAACAAUUUUCAUAGCAGAUCUUCUUUUCACUUCUCUCCUGUCAGGCAUUUACAAGCGGGCUGAGAAAAUACCUGCAGUACUACCGAGCGUGUGUUUUGUCGACUCCUUCCACUCUGACGCUUCUAACCAUCAGCUUCCUCUUCAGGAAACUAGGACGCCAGCUAAGGUAAUACCAUGGCAUUAAAAGUUAACGGAAAGGAAGCCUUGACAUCUUCCAUGCUUGAUCCAAACCACAAAGGAAUCAAGAGACGUGCCCUUUAAACUGCUGAUAGCAUUGCUGUAGUUUAGUCCUCAUUGGUAAAGCAGUUUCAGACUAGAUUAGCUAGCAUUGUUCUGCUUCUCCUAUCGUCUGUAAUCUGAUGCUCAGUUCUCCGUCUCCUUCACUGUUAUACUGUCUGCUUAUGCAGCAUAGUUGUAGCAUAAUAUUUUUAGUCAGUUAAUUUAGACGGUGGGUUCAUAGGUGAGACAUUUUAAGUAACCAUAGGGGCGUAGGAAACUUACUUAUACCGAGUCAUGCCAUUGGUCCAUCUCAGCUUAGUAUUGUCUGCACUGAUUGGCAGUUGCUCACUAGGGUUUCAGGCAGAAGAUUUCCUCUUUCUACCUGGAGAUGAUGGGAAUUGAACCUACGACCUUUCGCAUGCGAGGCAGAUGCCCUACCGCUUUAUAUAUAUUAUUCCCUUCCUCAGUAACCUGUAUUAUUUGCACUAGAACCAGGGUUUCCAGCUUCUGUACAGGCAACUCUCCACUUACAUGGGGCUUUCGUUCCCGGGUACCCCUUGUAUAUGUGAAAUUGCAUAUAGUGGGGGGAAAGCCUAUAAACACCCUCUAAACCCCUGAUAACCAGUAAGUAGGACAUACCAGAUUGGCAUGAAUGGCAGCACUGGUGGUUCUCAGUCUUCCUCAUUGCCUCCUUUCUCAAAUACCAACUCUCCACAGGCCUCAGUGGUUGGUGCAAAGGCUCAUGGGAUUGCUGGCUGAUUUCCCUGCUCUUUUCACCCCCCCCCCCAGUUUUCACACUUUUUUGGGCUGUUUUUGCCAUUUAACUUGGAUUAUUUCUUUAUUUCCUGGUACUGCAUAUAUAUGUGGGGAGCUGGAUACUGUUCCAGAAGUGUAUUUUACUAGGCAAAUUGACAUGUGUUGAAAAGCUGAGAUAUUGAUAGAAAAUGUAUUGCAUUGUAACUGUAUUGUAACUUUCGAAUAACAAUAAAGUUGCUGUAGUGUUGCCAUAACAGCUUCCCGAGUUUGGAGUAUAUAUAUACACAGUCGUACCUUGGAAGUCAAACAGAAUCCAUUCCGGAAGUCCGUUCAACUUCCAAAACGUUUGGUAACCAAGGUGCAGCUACCGAUUGGCUGCAGGAUGCCCCUGCAGCCAAUCGGAAGCCGCGACAGACGUUCAGGUUCCAAAGAACAUUUGCAAACUGGAACAAUCAGUUGAUGGAGUUGAAAACAAGGCCGUUAAUUAGACAGUGUGGCUGAAAUUGAAGACAUUUUUAAGAACAGUUUGGAUGGUGCGGUAAGCGUUAGUGUUGAUAUGGUGUUGCCUACUUGCUUACGUAGCUUUUUAAAAAAAGGGAUUAGGCAAAAGUAUGUAGGUCUAUUGGCAGCUGUUAGGCUUGAUAGCUAAAUGGAACCUUCACCGACAGAGUUGCUAUACAUCUGUAGGGACGUGGGUGGCGCUGUGGUCUAAACCACUGAGCCCCUUGGGCUUGCCGAUCAGAAGAUCUGCGGUUUGAAUCCCUGCGAUGGAGUGAGCUCCCGUUGCUCUGUCCCAGCUCCUGCUAGCCUAGCACUUCAAAAUCAUGCCAUCGCAAGUAGAUAAAUAGGUACCACUGUGGUAGGAAGGUAAAUGCCGUUUCUGUACACUCUGGUUUCCGUCACGGUGUUUCGUUGUGCCAGAAGUGGUUUAGUCAUGCUGGCCACAUGACCCGGAAAGCUGUCUGUGGACAAACGCCGGCUCCCUCGGCCUGAAUGCGAGAUGAGCGUCACAACCCCAUAGUUGCCUAUGACAGGACUUAACCAUCUAGGGGUCCUUUAUCUUUUUACCUUGUUAUACAUCUCAGCACCAGCUGCAGGGGCCAAAAUACUGAAAAACAGAUAGUUUGUGAACUUCGCAGAAGCAUUUAGUUAUCCACUGGGGGAGACAGAAUUUGAGCCUGGAAGGUCCAGUAAACUGGUUCUUAGGCUCUUAAACGGGAAGCUGUGGCUCUCUGGGUCUUAGAUUCCACCUUCUAUCAGCUCCAGCCAGCAUGGCCAAUAGCCAGGAGUGAUGGAAAUUGUAAUCUGGGGGCCCACAGGUCUUCCUCCCACCCCGUGCUCUUAAAGGUACCACACAAGUGUAAUUUGCUGCUGUUGUGUUUUGUGAAGGUAUAUAGCUGAACUCUGCGGCAUAGGAGUGACUGUGCAGGGAACUGCUGCUGCUGCUUCAUUUCCAACAGUGAGUAUGAUUCCGCUUCUCUUUGCAGUCGCAGCCAACCGAGUGGUGUGCAUUUUUAAGCAUGAAACGACUAGGUGUGAUUCAAACGUAAGCAAGCAAUCUCAGAACGCUUUGGGUGCUGUUUCCAUUCUGUAUGCUUCCAUUUCUAAGAAAAGUGAUUUCCACCACUGAAUCAGCUUGUAAUGUGUCUGCUCAUCAGUAUUUUAAAAAAACCAUGUCAGAUUGUAUAGACGUGUCGGAAUGUAUUGGUUUUAAAAGAAAUAUAGUUAGGAGGAGCACAUUUCUGCUUUCAUUCAGCAUUAAUAAAAAGGUAUCUCCAAAAGUCAGCAAAAGGCUUUAAGGAUUUUUCCAGCCAAACCAGCACUUCCAGCUGAGUCCUGCCAAUGCAAUAAAACUAUCCAAUGAAGCUAAGCAUCAUCAGAAGUACCUAUACGUGUUUAUUGUUUUCCUUUCAAUGAGUGGCUUAUGCAUUUAUUUCAGGGUGUGAAACUACUUUCCUAUCUAUACCAAGAAGCUCUUAAUAACUGCAGCAAUGAACAUUACCCAGUUCUUCUCUCCCUACUAAAAACAAGCUGUGAACCAUAUACACGGUAAGUAUUUCAGUUUAAAAUUGUGCACUGUGGAACUGCUGUUACAAAGAUGAUCUAAUGCAUUUCCUAUAGAUGGCGUUCCUGUGAGUUCUUAAAAGGAGCUGGAAUUUCUGAAUGGCGGUAGCCUUAUUUUAGUGUACUGAAAUAAAGCUAGCAAUUCACUCCUAUUUGCAUAUUCUCAGGUCCUAUUGAUUUCAGUUGACCUUACUCCUUGGUCAGUAGGUAUAGGAUUGUAGCAAAAAUCUUAAAAUGGUCUAUGCUUACUGAAAUAUGUUCUGGGACCUUUUAAAGUUUUUUCUUUCUGCACUUUAAAAUAAUUCUCUGUGUAUUUCAGAGUGGCAUAUUAUUAUUAUUUAAAUGCUUAUACAACGAUCAAGACACUGAGAGACCCUUCUGGAAACCUCAAGUAUCAAAGCAGAAAUCCCAAUUAAUAUGAGACUCUGCUUGACAUGAUAGUUAAUCUAUCUCUUUCAGUACUAGUGAAAAACUGAGCAGUUAUAGCAUUCAGGUAUCUUCUUUGGGGGCCGUUUUGAACCUGAGCCAUAGGUCUUUACAGUUGCUAUCUAACCUGAAUAGUUAUUUUAGUGGUAGUAUUUUUAUCAGAUCUGUUUUCUAUUUGGACAGCAUACCCUUAUUUAAGAGGGUGUUUAUAAAAUACAGGGAUGCGGGUGGUGCUGUGGUCUAAACCACUGAGCCGACAGCUUGCCGAUCGGAAGGUUGGUGGUUCGAAUCCCCACGAUGGGGUGAGCUCCCCCAGCUCUGUCCCAGCUCCUGCCCACCUAGCAGUUCGAAAGCAUGUCAAAGUGGUGGGAAGGUAAACGGCGUUUCUGUGUGCUGCUCUGUUUUCACCAGAAGCAUCUUAGUCUUGCUGGCCACAUGACCGGAAAAACUGUCUGCUGACAAACAUCGGCUCCCUCAAUCCAUAAAGCAAGAUGAGCACUGCAACCCCAGAGUCGUUCGCGACUGGACUUAACUGUCAGGGGUCCUUUACCUUUUUAUAAAACACCUUUUUCAACAUUCAACCUUUUGCCUUUAGGUUUAUACACGAUUGGGUUUAUAGCGGUGUAUUCAGAGACGUGUAUGGCGAAUUCAUGAUUCAGGUGAAUGAGGAUUAUCUUGGCUUUAGAGGUAUGUUACAAAUGAAUUGCUUUCUUUUGAAAUUACCCUUUGGCUAGCAGGGAAUGGCAGGAAUGAAAGCUUUGGAAGCUGGCAUCUCCAGUGAUGCUCUAGCUCACUUCCUGCCUUCCUUGAAUCCAGGCAUGAUCACUGUGGCUCCCUUGCUUUCUCCUCUGGCUAGUGACUUAAGGGCCUAUGCCGGACAACUGGAAAAGAUAUGGUUGAUUUAUUCCAUUACCGUUUCCCUGGGAGAUGGCAUUAACUUUCUUUUACACGUAACACCAUGUUUGUUUUCUUUUCUUUGUGUACCGUAUUUUUCGCCCUAUAGGGCGCACCGCCCCAUAGGACGCACCUAGAUUUGGGGGGGGGGGAAAUAAAGGGGGAAAAAAUUAUUCCCCCCCCCCAGGCGAGCCCGAGCUUCCCCCGACCCCAGCUCCCAGAACGGGACCCAGAGCUGCCAUCCCACUGUCCCCCGACUUGGUUAGAAGGCUGGCGAGGGGGGGGGGAGAAGCCUGCUCCUCCCUGUCGCCAGCCCCACAAACUCGGGAGGGGGAAGCUCGGUUUUCCCCCUCCAGCCCCGCAAGCUCCCAGAGCGAUGCCGAAGCUGCAAGCAGCGUUCUGGGGGCUGGGGGAGGGUGAAGCUCGGUUUUCCCCCUGCAGCCCCGCAAGCUCCCAGAGCGAUGCCGAAGCUGCAAGCAGCGUUCUGGGGGCUGGGGGAGGGGGAAGCUCGGUUUUCCCCCUCCAGCCCCGCAAGCUCCCAGAGCGAUGCCAAAGCUGCAAGCAGCGUUCUGGGGGAGGGGGAAGCUCGGUUUUCCCCCUCCAGCCCCGCAAGCUCCCAGAGCGAUGCCAAAGCUGCAAGCAGCGGGCUGGGGGAGGGGGAAGCCCUCUGCCAGCCUCCAAACCAGGUCGGGAGACAGCGGGAUGGCGCGCUGCGCCUCUCCCACUGUCCCCUGAGUUUGCGGGGCUGGCGACGGGGAGGAGCAGGCUUCUCCCCCCCGCCAGCCUUCUAACCAAGUCGGGGGACAGCGGGAUGGCGGCGUUCCGCCUCCCCGCUGUCCCCCGAGCUUGUGGGGCUGGCGGUGGGGCUCUCCUGAAGCCUGCAUUCGUCCCAUAGGAUGCACACACAUUUCCCCUUCAUUUUUGGAGGGGAAAAAGUGCGUCUUAUAGGGCGAAAAAUACGGUAUUUAGCUGUUUCUGUGUGUGGUGUUCAAAACAUGUAUGUAUAUUGUGCCUAUUUCCCUUUUCACCACAUGCACUCUUGUUUUGUGGGCUUGGCUUGUGGACUUAAGAACAAAGAGAAACAAAGAAAACCUUUUUAGAACUAGUGCUAAGUAAAUACAGCGGUACCUUGGUUUACGAAAUUAAUCUGUUCUGGAAGUCUGUUCUUAAAGUAAAGCAUUAAAGUAAAGACUUUCCCAUAGCAGCAGGGGACUCAAUUUACAAAUGGAACACACUCAACAGGAAGUGGAACAUGUUCUGCUUCCAAGGCAAAGUUCACAAACCAAAACACCUACUUCUGGGUUUGCAGCGUUUUGAAUCCAAGUUGUUCAUAAACUAAGCUGUUCUUCAACCAAGCUACCACUGUAUUCUCAGAGGUUAUACAGCUAACAAUAUCAUAAGACACUAGACAUCAAUGACACUAGCGCUACCAUAUUCCUAAUGCCAGUCACAAGGUGCAUCAUCUGGAUGAAGUUGUGGAUUUUGCUUGAAAUGAAAUAGAGUGAUUGCAGAGUAAAUCAGUGGGUUCUGUUCAACAAUUUUAUUAUUAUUAAUUUUAUUGAGUUAAUAAACUUAAUACACCAAAGUACUCUUUAUAUGCCUCACUUUCUGACCUCUCUGUUCUUUUGGAUCUCUAGACAAACACUACUGGACCCAUGGGUACGUUUUAAUUUCCAAGGAAGUAGAAGACUGUGUGCCUGUGUUUUUGAAACAUAUUGCUAAUGAUGUCUACAUUUGUGGGAAAACCAUAAACUUGCUAAAGUUGUGUUGUCCCAGGGUAAGUACCCCUUGCUCUUGAAAAUCAUGGAGUAAGCAUUGUUUUCAAGUACAUUUGAAGUCAUAUACCCUUGGAAAGUCAGUUUUAGCUGAAGAGACUAUGACUCCCCUUGCAGUCUCUCGGAUUGGCUGAGAACACCUUCCCUAACUAUGACAUUCAUGCAGCACGUCCAUAUUUUGGGUUAAUUUCAUACAUAGAAAUUCCUUGCUCCUAGACUGUAAGCCACUGCCCCACCCAAAUGCAUUAUAGGACCUUUCUACCGAGAUUAUUCUGUUAUUGGCCAAGAUCAAGCUAUUAUUAUUAUUAUUAUUAUUUAUUGAAUUUAUAUACCACGCUAUACCAGGAGGUCUCAGGGCGGUCCACAGAAAAGAUCAACAUAAAAACCACGAUAUAUAUAAUCAAAAUAAAAGCAACAGGCCAAUUACACACACGCCCCCAAUUACAGGAAUCUUUAAGUUUAGAAUGUUUCUUAAAAUGAAGACUAAAUGACAGCUAAUUUAAAUAAAAAGCUGAAUUCUUUGCUUCCCCCUCAUUUUUCAUGCAAAGAUAGACUUCCAAGUAGAGCAUCUCUUCAUAGGCUUAAUUAUGAUUUGAUUUUUUUUUUUUACCACAAAUCAUUCUGUGCUUGCUCUCUGUCAUAUCAUGAAUAUGUUGCUUGUCUUCCGUGUCACGUUAUCGUGGAACGUAAGUUUAAAAUCCUCACUUCAUAAUUGGCUGCCUUAUGUUUGAUCUAAACUAACCGGACGAACCUUUCACAAUGAAACAAUCCGAAAGAAACGACAAAGCAUAUCCCAUGGAGGUGUUCACGACAAAAGGUUCCACAAAGAACAUCAGAAACAGUCACUAUAGUCCCACAGCCCAGCAGUUAAUGGAAUAAUAUAAUAAAUACUGUCACAAGGGCGGAUAACUCUUUUAAGCCCAAAGGCCACAAUCCCUUCCAGGGAACCCAUGUCAGUGGCACAUGGAACAAGUGAUGUUACUCUUAUAUUUGACUAGGGCCAGCCGCACAUGCAUUUCUACACAUACAGUACAUCUCUCUGGUCAGGCAGCAGAACUAGAGGAGAGAGUGUAGCCUGGAUAGGGAGGGGUGUGGCCUGGGGAGAUCCCUGAGGGCCAUUUAGGGAGGCCAGGGGGGCCACAUUUGUUCCAGGCCCAGGUCAUGAGGAUUCCCACCCCCAGUCCACAACAGACUUAAGACUGAACGAGACCCUACCAAUAGGUUUCCAGUUCUAAAGUGCAUGAAAGCUUGGAUUGCAUUCUUCAGAUGUUUACUGCUGCUCUUUAAUAAUAAUGAUAAUAAUAAUAAUUAAUUUUAUUUAUACCCCGCCCUACCCAGCCAAGACUGGGCUCAGGGCGGCUAACAGCCAAUAUAAAAACAAAUUGAUUGAAAUACAACUUAAAAACAAGAUUAAAAUACAACAUUAAAACAUUUUGCAGCACUACAUCUGCUGGUCCGACAUCCCCGUUCCUCGGAUUUCUGUCAUCUUCUCCCUCGACGAAUUGAGAGAGAUUGAGAGAGAUUGUGCAGUGUACGUGGGCCGAAUGGAAAGAAUCGCACGCUAUAGUACCAUCAGCAAGGAGGAAAAGGUAAACUGACUCAACCAAAUAAAUCUUUUUUUGUAUCAGGAAAGUGCCAUUGCCCAGAACGUGGACUCUGCCUUUGUAUGGUGCAUCGAAAACAACAGUGUGGUCCUUGCGCAUGUGUGUUCGAAAAUGUCAUUAAUUUCACUGGGACAAGUGAGAAAGCGUGCUGCCUUGGCAUAGGCAUUAGGGUGCUACUGGCGCAGCAGAUCUUAGGCCCAGACGAAUGAAAAGCCAAGCUUUAUUUUACCCAUCAAAUUACAAUACUGUAAUUGUUUCAGUUAAGACCCCGCAUUUAUAGGUACGAUAGUUUCUUUAAGUUGUUUACCUGAUAACUUGUUCUUCCCUCAUGAAAUUGCACACCUGACUACAUGCUUUGGGUUUUUGAUUUGUCCCCAAAUACAGGAAAGCCUUUAUAUUCAUCCACUUCAAUGUUCUCCCGUCAGCUGUUUUUGGAAGGAAGACUUAAUGGCACUCCAUAUGCAAAUCUUGUAUAUCUCUGUGUGUCAGUAAAGAGUUGUGUAUUUUUUAAUAGAGGUGACAGAACCAGACUUGUUUCUUCUUUGAUCACACCCUUCUCAGAGUGGCGUACAGCCUUUUUACACCAGUAGUCUUCAAUCUUUUAUGACCUAGAACCUUCAAUUAACAAAACAUGCAUUUGAGAACCUGCUUCUCAAUUUUUAAUCAUAUGUUUGUAUAGCAGAAAUGAUACUUUUGCAUUCCACUAUUGAUUGGGUUGUGAGCCUUUAGUGGGUCCUGAACCAUCAGAUAAAUGAAUUGGUUGUGAUUUAUGUUCUAGCUAUAAAGGUUUCUAAGCAAUUUUGACAUAAUGGAUGCUAGGGUUUGGUUUUUUUUAAUCUUGUGCUGGGGUGUGUGUGUGUGUGUGUGUGUGUGUGUAUAUAUAUAUAUAUAUAUAUAUAUAUAUAUAGUACUGAAAAUUGACCUUUCUGUAUUUUUGUGUUUAUUUCCCCCCACUGUAUGAAAUCCAAAUGUUUUAGGGUUAGUGGAUUAUUAAUAAAGUUGAACUGACCCGAGUUAUGCUUGAAAACCACAUUAAAUCCUGUGAAAUUGCUUCCUAGGACUUGCGCAUGGAAAUUGAAAAACAGGAGCUAAUUUUCCACGCUCGAGAAACAGCUACCAAAGCUCUAAAAGCCUUUACUGGUAAGUUACAGGUGUCUUUGCAGUCCAGUUGGUUUUUCACAGCGACUGUUUUCUUUAUUUCUUUUUAACAUUGCUGCAUCUUAAAUUUUUGUUUCAGAUCAACAAAUAUCAGAGAAAAUGGUGCUGGAUGCAAAGAAGCGUGAGCAGUUUCAGAAACUGAAAGAACAAUUUGAAAAAGAUAAAGAGGUAUUUGCAACGUGUGUUUUCUGCUAGCAACGUUAAGAGACAGAGAAUCUUUAUCUAGAACAUGCUUGGAUAAAAAGAUGCAGAGCACAAUGUGUGCUUUUGGAAUGUGGUUUCUAAAGCUUUCUUAAAUGUUUAUGUAGCGCCGACGUGCUCUGAAACAGGAGGAGACUGAUGAUGAUUUCAGUUAUGCUCGGGAACUGAGAGAGAGGGAAAGAAGACUGAAGGCUUUGGAAGAGGAAUUGGAGAAAAGGGCAAGGUAAAAGUGUGGAAGGAAGGAAGGCUGUUAAAAUUGCAAGUUCAGAAUUUUGUACCAAGCAGUUGUAUGUUUACAAAAAUAGCUUCCAAGCUGGAAAAUGGAUAGUCCAGUUUCUCAUCUUUCAAAAUGGAAGAAGGUUUUGCUAAUAAGCUACAAACUUCCCCUUAUGCUCUGCCAGCCUAGCUGCUGUGUAUGUCGUACCAGGAGUCUUUACAUUGUUUUGUCUUGGCAGCCCAGCUGCUGCAUAUCAGAGUUGGAACAAUAUGGUGGUUGCGAGUGUAGAUACACUUUUAUCGGCUCUGCUCAUGUGCCUGCACCAUGCCAACCUCACCAUGCAGCAGCAAUGUGGAAGUCAGCUGAGAGCUGCCGCCCUGCUAGUCUAAACUCAGCCCUGUUAUUGACUCAACUGUGUGCUGCUAGUUCUGAAUGAAAAAUGGUAUAACUUUGAGUACGUUAUAGCCAUUGGUAUUUAGUGAACAGCCAAAACUAUACAGCUUUAAGGUGCUUUUCUUGUGUUUGAGCUGUUACAGAACAGCAUUAAGCUUGCACAAAUAUCUGACUGCACAGCACAGUGUAUGUAUCAUUUGAAAACACAACAGACACAAAGCUCCCAAAUUUUCACCUGUUUAAUUUAUAAUUAAAGGUAAAGGUAAAGGGACCCCUGACCAUUAGGUCCAGGCGUGACCGACUCUGGGGUUGCGGCGCUCAUCUCGCUUUAUUGGCCGAGGGAGCCGGCGUACAGCUUCUGGGUCAUGUGGCCAGCAUGACUAAGCCACUUCUGGCGAACCAGAGCAGCACACGGAAACGCUGUUUACCUUCCCGCUGGAGCGGUACCUAUUUAUCUACUUGCACUUUGACGUGCUUUUGAACUGCUAGGUUGGCAGGAGCAGGGACCGAGCAAUGGGAGCUCACCCCGUUGCGGGGAUUCGAACCACCGACCUUCUGAUCGGCAAGUCCUAGGCUCUGUGGUUUAACCCACAGCGCCACCUGCGUCCCCAGAAUUUAUAAUUAGGUUUAGAAUUAUUUAUUUUUCAGUGAGCAUUGGUUGCUUAGGAACUUCAACAUGUUAUAUGAUGCAUUGAUAAAUUAUCCUACUUGCUAGCUCACUAAAUUUUGAGCUUGUGAGCUACAUUUUUACUCAGGAUGGUAGCCUAAGUAAUCUAAAUGCCUUCCUGUUGUACUCUGCUCUAUCAUGGUAUAUAUCCUGUAAAACUACAUGGUGAAGUUAUUCUAGCUUUCUUUUCACUUAGGCAAGAGCUGAUUGACCACUAUAGCAAACUCUCCGAAGAGGCAGCCCGUAGAGAGAGAAAAGCCCUAUGGAAAAUUCAGAGGCACAAAUUGGAAACGGCCCGUCUCAAAUUUUUGAUGGAAGAUCAAAAGCGUACCGAGGUAGCUUAAAUGCUGCUGCUGUUGCUUUUUUUUAGAAAGCACAUUGACAGUGGUUAUUUAUGUAUGCAUUGGUAUGUCUAAAUCUUUGAUCUUUUCCAUUUGAUGUGUAGGACAUGCUUGAGAAACUUCCAGGUGGAAAGUAUAGGAGGAAAGCAGACAUUGGGGAAGGGUGGUGUCAGCAGACUUCCGCCGCAGUUGUGCCAGUCAGUGAUUCCAGCAUUCAGGUUGGUGUUCCUUUAAGAAAACUCGUGUUCCAUAAACACCAUCAUCUUCUUGAUUCACCUGUGGCAAGGACUACUUUCCCAUUCAUCCAUUCAUUCAUAAGUAUCCCAUUUUUUCAGGUUUUAUUAUUUAAAUAAAGUAAUAUAUUAUGUAAUAAACUCUUCAGCUAUCUUCUCUGUAUUUGUGACCAUUUUUUAAUAUAUUUUUUUUAAAGUCAUCUUUUAAUCUUGUUUUCUUUUUUAAUGUUUCUUUUCUAACUCCUCUAUUUCUUUCAUAUAUGCUUUUAUUAAUUAUUUCUUUGUUCAGACAGGCCGCUAUAAAUUGCUCCCAUAAAAUGGUUUUACUUGUAUUCCAUUAUUAACAUUUUUGAGACAUCUGCUGUAUUAUUUAUCUCAAAAACAGUUUUUUAAGUCUGUAACUUUUUUUGCACUAUUUCUGGGUCUUUUGGUAAAGAGUUAUUUUAUCUCCCGUACUCUUUGAGGUUUAUUCCUCAAGCUUUAAUCCUGUUUCCUUUCAACUCCAGCUAUAUGGGACUAUUGUCUGCAUAUAUCCUUUGUAGAGCCAUUCAAGGGUACAAAGCUUUUGGGUUAGAGUAAAAGGUAGAGUUGUUCCUUUAAGAUUUGGCUGAGUAAAACAUUGUAUUUUAUAGUAAAAGUGGAUAAUGUGACCCUCCAGACGUUGUUGGACUCCAAUUCUCAUCAGCAACAUCCUGCAUAGCCAGUGGUGAGGGAUGAUGGGAGUUGUAGUCCAGCAACACCUCGAACUGCUGGUUCACCACCCCCUGUUCUUCUGGCAUUUUGUACUAUAUGUGUCAGAUUUAUUGAUGUUUAGAUCACCAUUUAGUCAUUUCUGGGCACCCCUAGAACUUCCCUUUGUUUUUGCUUUCCUCCUUUUUUGUGAUCUGUGCUUUGUAAGAUUGCAUGUCACAGUGUGCACAGUAAGACCCACAUUUUAGAGCAGGCAUCGCCAAACUCGGCCCUCCAGAUGUUUUGGGACUACAACUCCCAUCAUCUCUAGCUAACAGGGCCAGUGGUAAGGGAUGAUGGGAAUUGUAGUCCCAAAACAUCUGGAGGGCUGAGUUUGGGGGUGCCUGUUUUAUAGCCCAGUAGAACUGCCGUCAUACCUGUAAGGAGGGGAGUUUAUAAAGUGGCCUGUUAUUCUGGUUUUAAAUUGGGAGCUUUGAGGACCAUAUUGCAUGUUAGUGUGAAUAGUAGGUACAGAAUAGCCUGCCAUUUGUUCUCUAUGCCUAUCUUCUUUUUCUUGAGCAAGUGUUACACUGUUGGGUUAUGGAUUGUGCAAUUUAAAAAAAAUGUAGAAACCAGCAUUUCAGACAGAGGUCUUUGUUUUCACCCGAUAUCCGAACAAUACAGCUGGUUAUGCAAGCAAAUAUCAACUGUUUCCAUAGUGAUUGAAGUAGCUACUGGAGCAUUUGAAAAGCUCGGUGAAGAUGAUAAUAACCCUAAACUGCUUAAAAAAUAAACAGUGAUAUAAAACUAUUAAAAGGUAGUUUCGGAAACUAUGGAUGAAAUAAUGAAGGUGAAGAUAUCCCAGCUGUAUAAGUGAGUUGCAUAUCUGUUCUAGUAAUUAAUUUUCUUUCUUUUUUCCAUUUCAGUUAACUUCUGCAGAGGCCGAGUGUCCUGAUGGUGUGGACAUCGGCAGAGACCCAGAAUCUCAACUAGUGAUAUCCCCAGGCUUACUGCAGGCAACAAAUAUACAGUCUAAUGAUUAUUCAGAGUCCGAAGAAACAGAAACUGCAUCUCAGGUACUCCAUACGGAGCAAGCAGCUACUCUGCCAAAGAGUGUAUCUGAACUUGGUCUGGAUUUUGAAGAUUUUUUACCAAAGCCUCAGGAAGAAACAUUUGUUGUCCCCAGUGCCCAAGAGACCAACUUGUUGGAUGAAGCCCUGCAGAAUAUCAGUUCAGAUCUUUCCUUGCACGGUCAGACAGAUGAAAACAGGUCUGCACUGAAAGGUGCAGCAGAAGGGGAAAUCGGUACCCAAGUCUCCGAAUACGACGGGUAUGACUUUAAUACUGUUCUCAGGCCUUCGGUCUCGCACAGCCAUGUUGCAGCUGGAGAAAACGUCUUUGAUGUUGAGGACAGGGUACCUCGCUGGAACAUUCACGGCCAUGCGUCUGAUGCAAAUAUUAAAAUUGGGGAAUACGUACCUGACGCUGAACUCUCCCAUCCGCAUUCAAACCCUCAUGGCCACUCCUCGGAUUCACACAUCAAAAUUGGACAGUAUGCUUCCGAGGUCGAACCUAGCCGCCCACACUGGAAUAUCCACGGGCAUGUCUCUGCCGCUCAUAUUCAGGUUGGGGAAUAUGCCUCGGAGUUCGAGCCAUCAAGGCCAAGGUGGAAUAUCCACGGCCAUGCUUCGGAUGCCAAUAUUAAGAUUGGCGAGUAUGUGUCAAAUAUAGAGCCGGCUAGACCUCGCUGGAACAUCCAUGGCCACGCGUCGGACGCUAAUAUCAGAGUUGGGGAGAAUACGUCUGAUGUUGUGUCCUCGCGACCUCGCUGGAAUAUUCACGGGCACACCUCUCAGUCGCACAUUAAAAUUGGAGACAUGGUUUCUGAUUCGGAGGUUUCCGUGCCUCGAUGGAGUCUCUUUGGCCAUGCCUCGCAGUCGAGUAUUCAAAUAGGAGAGUGGACUCCUUCAACUUUCAGCGAUCCGAUACCUCAUCUUAAAGCCGUCUCUGGCCCUGCAUCUGACUCUACAGUUCAGACAUUCCUGUAUAACGGAGAAUUCCCUACAAUCAAAGAGCAUGAUACAGGACAAGAGUCAAUGCCUUCUGGUUGUGUGCUAAGCGAUAACCUGGAUGAAAAACCACAAAGAAGCCUAGAAGAACAGGGGGGUGAGUGGCAAUCAGUGAACGAAUUACUUGGUAGACUUUCCCCCCUCCCCUCCAUUAUUAAGAGCCCUAAAAUAGAAGUCUAUUCAGGCCGAGACGAACCAAUUAGGAUUCUUUGUCUUCAGUGGAAGUCAAUGGGCUUACAUCUGGGCCUUAGUGGGUUUGUGGUCAGGUUAUAGGCCUACCUUGGUUUUCAAACUGAAUCCGUUCCUGAAGUUUGUUCGAUAUCCGAAAAUGUUUGAAAACCAAGGCACAGCUUCCGAUUGGCUGCAGGAGCUUCCUGUACUAGAUUGGAAGCCGCGUCGGAUGUUUGGGUUCCAAAAAAUUUGCAAACCAGAACUCACUUAAUAAUAAUAAUAAUUUAUUAUUUAUACCCCGCCCAUCUGGCUGAGUUUCCCCAGCCACUCUGAGCGGCUUCCAAUAAAGUGUUAAAAACAUUACAGCAUUAAAUGCUGUAAUCUCACUUCCGGGAUUACGGCGUUUGGAAGCCAAAAUGGUUGAGUCGCAAGGCGUUCGACAACCAAGUUAUGACUGUACUGAAUAAAAACUUUAUUUUAACUUUAUUUUAUUUUAACUAUAUUUUAAUGGGCACUUAAAACAGAAAUGAAUUAACUGUGCAUGUUUCCUAAAUACUGCUUUCUCUACAAAGGAAACCUAGAUCCACAUAAAUGCAAGAGACCAUUGCCAUUAACAGACAAAAUUCUAUUAUGAAACAGAAGAAAAGCCUGAUAGUUUUUUAUUAUUACUAUAUUGGUGCUGGGUAACAUGAGUGGGAGACUAAAUCAUGUAUUUGAAAUGCUUGUGUUUCUUGUGAGGCUCUAUACAUUUCACACUGCCUUUAUAUUCAUUAAGGCCAGACAAUAUUUGUCAUGUUUCUCAGUUCCUUCCAGUAACAAGUCCCCUCUAUUUUGGUUAAUAUAGCAGUCAUAAUGGAUGAUGCCAAAGAUCUCUCCACAGCGCCUUCUCAGGAUGUACAGGUGAGGAAACAGCAACUUAAGUUUCAAAUUACUAACCCCCUAAUCUUAAGUAGAUGAAUCUCAUUGUGACGCUCAAGUAAAAUUACUGAAGUAGUGGGCACGAUGUUCCUUUGAAUUAUUUUAAUUCUCCCAAAUAUGAAUUACUUUAAUUCUCCCCAAUGUUAUUUCCUAUCUUCACUCAUUUAUAUCCUAAACAGAAAAUAUUACCAGAAAGUAUUAUUGUUUUUACUUGCUGAUUAGCUAAGUGCCCUCUGAAUUCCUUAUCUGAACCCUGUUUUAUUCUCCCAGGGCCCUCUGACUUUAGGAAUUUGCAAAAAUUCUGAUACCGACUUGACAGAUCGCUUAGCUAAAAUCAAAGUGAAAAGGGCAGAGAGAAAAAAUUAAGCUUAAGAUGAGGAUAACUCUAGCCCAUUUUCUCAUAUAUCCUUUAACAUACGUAUUACAAGCAACAACACUAUGGAGGUCUGCUUAAAUGACAAGAAUCUUGAAGGUUCAGGAAAACCCAAGAUGCAACGAUAAGUGUACUUAAGCAAGAGUGCAAACCCUUCUGGAUCAAAAAUGAGCCUCCUUUUCUCCAAUGUCCAUUCCACUUUUUUUCAUCAGGUAGAGGAACCUGAAAAAUCGACCGAAUUGGUUCUUAUGACUCAGCAGAUUUCUCUCUCUGAAGUCAGCACAUCUGAAAGUUCAGAAGGCGUAAGCACCGCUAUUGCCAAGUGGAAGAAAGAGGAAGAUUAUGUGAAAGCCUUAUCUGAUCAGUAUUGCCUUGAAAAAUACCAGGACAGCUACGAUUUGAUGUGUGAGUACUCCUAACAUGAGGUGCAUUAAGAGAAUGGAACCACAUAUAUCCUGUUACCCCUCAAGGAGAGUAGUGCUUGUGGAAUUUUGUAGUCUAGAGCGUCAUUCACUAAAAACGUUUCUGGCGAGUCUUUUUCCCGCAAUCAACUUGGGUCACAUUUAAAUGAUCCAGCCACGUAGGUUGGGGUCUCUUGAGGAUGUCAAUUCCAUGAUGGGGAUUCACACAGCGGGCCCCCACCUGUGCUGUGGGGACAUUUCAACUUUAUCCAAGUCACUCAGAUAAAAGCUGCUCACACAUGGUAUGGGUAACAUCAUCAUUAUCAUUAUUUAUUAAUUGAAUUUAUAUGCUGUUCUAUACCUGUUCUUCUAGACAGAAAGGUUUUUUUAUUGUGCCAUCAUGCUGACUUUGCACACUUGGUAUCAUUAAGGCACACAGAGAUUGUGUCAAUCCUUCGCGGAUUCUCCCAGGUACAAAUAAGUACCAGACUGCAGCAGUGUUGCGGCACACGUUUGCGCAGGAUUCUGUAGACCUCAUUUGGUUAAACUCUAAAUUGCAUUCAUUUGUACCCUUUCCUCAUUAUUAAUUACCUCUGAAAUGCCCUGCCUCUGGAUAUUAAAACGCCCCUCUGACUUUUCUUUUGGAACAUCAUUUAAAUAUAUUUUUGUUCACAGUUUUGGAAUUUCUUUUAAUGACAGGCACUUCUUUUGCCAAUUGAGAGGCUCUUCUGAAUGUGUACAGUGUGUUUGAGACAGAUAUAUUUGGGCAGAGCGAGGGGAGAUGUAUGUGUGGCCCUGUGUGUGAAGAAGUGCGGGGAGGUAUGUACGUAGCUAUGUGUGGUGAGAGAGAUGUAUAUGUGGCUGUGCAUAUGUGAAGUGAGUGUGCUGUGUGCGAGAGAAAGUGUGGCCAACUUGUGUAUUUUAUCUUGCAAUGGAGGAAGGAAUGCUCCCUGUUAUUAAACAACAGCAGCAUUGUUGUGCGCCAGGGAGAUUAGUAUUGUUCGACCAGCAGGACAUGGGUGACUUCCAAGCAUGAGGUUAUCUUGGGAAACGUGGAGCAGCUGUUACCACACACUAUUUUUGUAUUUUGCUGUGUCUCCCCCCCUCCGUGACUGCCACCCGCACUUCCUUGAAAUUUGAAAUGGGCUCACUGGCCGAAAUGGUUGCCUCUAAUCCGAAAUGGGUGCCUCUAAUUUUUAUUUGCUGUAUAGCAUUUUGUUUUGAAAGUGCUUUAGAAACAGUAAUCAUUGUUUUUACCUAUGCUCUAACACAGCAGAACUUCCAGUUUCCCAUCUUCUGCAUCAUGUGAUACCAAGAUCCUACACCUUCCCUGUGGACCCAUCAGCGCAGUCAGCAACAGACGAAACAGCUGUACAACUGAGCGAGCUCUUAUCACUCCCAGUACUGAUGAAACGGUCAAUCACUGCCCCUUUGGUUUCUCAGUAAGUAAAAUUCAGAAGUGAUCGGUCAACAUUGUAGUAAUAAUAUAGCUUGCAUUGCUGGUCAUAUUCUUUCCUUAAUGGGGAAACACACCAGUACAUACAUUGACCUUCUUUCCUUUUAUUUGGUUAGUAAGGUAAGCAAUUCAGUGACUGUUGCAACAAGAAAUGUGAACUGAUUCAGCAGUAUAUAGUUCAGAUAUCUCUUAUUGGACGGCAUUCUUUAGCAGAUCUUUAAACUGCAAAUUUCUUCCUUUCCAGGAUGGAUGUGCCUCAGAGUUCUUAUCCACUGUCCAUUCACUUCAGAAUGUGUAAUGGGGGGGGGGGGAAUGUUUUUCAACCUGAGAACCUGAGGUCUUCAUGGACCCUUCACCAACCCUCUAGGGCUGGCCAAAACUCCACAGACCACACAAACACAGUAAAAACUACAAACUCAUUGCUGCCAUUCACCCAUUAUGAAGAUCCCCAUGUAUAAUCCUAUUUCUUUCAGUGGAGAAUCAGGGUCAUACACACAAAGAACCUGAAUAGAGAUUUGCUUCCUUCAUUGAAACUGAUGGCUCUUCAGGUGGGAGAGCUCAGUAUGGAUUCGUCCCAUUAAAAAAAAAAUGUGGCAAUUAAAGUCAGAUUUCAGAGAGUGUGGUGAAAAGCAUGCAGAGCCAAGAAGGGACAGAGCAGUCUGAAUGUAAGGUGCUGGACUGGAUAGGGAGUCUUGUGCUCCCUUUCUUCCUCAUCGGAAUUUCCGUGCCCUUCAGGACACUGGACAAAAAGGUCUGAACUUCUCUGCCUAGCCUAGCCUUGUGCCUUAAUGGGGAUGCAGAUCAUUCACUUGAUGGAGCAGGGAAGGGAGCAAUUUCCAUCUGCUAGGUGGUAGAGGUUUAAACUUCUCUUGUCCAUUUCAGAGCCUUGACGGCCUCUGCUUGGUUCUGCACACUUCCUCCCCAUGCACAGUGCAAACACUACCUACCACCAGUGAAGUAUUGAACAGGGCCUAAUAGUGAAGGUUUGGUGUUCUGCUCUAGAAUGAGAAACCAUAAAGCUUCUAGUUAGUACAUAGCAGCUGUUACAGAUUUUGAACAGUGCAGAAAGAAUUACAUGCAAGUGUAAUGAACAGAGGUGACAAUGGGCAACUGGGAUUUCUUUCAAAGGGCAUUUUCUUGACAUCCUUGCUGCAUCCUGUGUUUUUUGCAAGUGAUUGCCAAAAGGUACCGGCCCAAUAGAAGUAGAUUACUUGGAGGGAGCCUAUAAUUUUGAUUGUGGGUAGGGGAUCAAAACGUUGGCCAUUUUUAAUUUACCCUAUACAUAAAGCUAAAAUGCUGUUUUACCUUUUUAUUUGCUUUUUUAAAAAAAGUAACUGGUGUUUGUUUUCAUUUGUUCCCAGUGUUUCACUUGUGAACAAAGCCAUUGUUGACUACUAUUUUGUGGAACUAAAUAUUGAGAAGCAUUUUGGAGCACUAAGGCAUUUUUUGUUGAUGGAAGAUGGAGAGUUUGCUCAGUCACUCAGCGAUCUACUUUUUGAAAAGGUAGCAAAGGCUUUUCCUUAAACGCCUGAUUCUUGACUAUAUAUCUAGUUGCCGGCAUGUGGGGAAAUCAUAUUAUAUGCUACUAAAUAUAGGGAUUGUGUAGCAUUUGGCAGUAGUUUCAAUGAUCACAACCUGAACAACCUUUCUUGGACGUUUUAAAUAGAAGGGACUUUCUGGCUUGAACUGUGUUUGUAGGAACAUUUAGAAAAAUCCCAUUAUCUACUUUGGAAAGGUUAUUCUGACAAAUAAAUUCUCAGUAUCUAAUGUGUUUUCUAAUUUCAGCUUGGAUCAGGACAGACACCUGGCGAACUUUUGAACCCACUAGUCCUCAAUUCCAUUUUAAAUAAGGCUCUGCAAUAUAGUCUCCAUGGGGACACUCACUUGGCUUCCAAUCUCUCAUUUGCACUGAAGUACCUUCCAGAGAUGUUCAAGCCCAAUGCGCCCGAUGCCCUAAACUGCUUAGAACUACGCUAUAAGGUGAGAAGACACACAAGAGUUGAGAAGUGAGCCGGAUUUUAAGAUUCCCCUAUAUGCGUUGCAGUUAAUUGACCCUGCUUGUUCUCUGAUGCUACUUAGAAAUGCAUUCUGUUCUGCUAACUGUGACAUAAUCCUAAUCUUAAACAGGCAGCGGAAUAUUCUGACGCCUCGGGAGGCAUGCAGUCAUAAUAGGUUUUUUUGUUUUUUUAUAGGUUGACUGGCCCAUGAACAUCGUCAUUACUGAGAACUGCAUGAAUAAAUAUAACAAGAUUUUCUCCUUCCUGCUGCAAUUGAAGCAUAUGGUGUGGACUCUUAAGGAUGUCUGGUUCCACUUAAAGCGAACUGGUAAGAUAAAAUCUGACUGCUUUUAUUUAGCUUGAAAGCUAACCUGUUCAGAAGAUUCAGAUGUGAGUUAAAUCUAAAGUCUCUGUGUUUCCUAUUUCUACCAUUAUUUACUCGAAUCUAAUGCUCACCUUUUUUGGCCCAAUUACGUUGUAAAAAUUGAGGUGUGCAUUAGAUUCGAUGGCACAUUCACAUUUGCCAUCAAAUACUUUAUUUGGUUUCAAGAUUCUGAAAAUUAAGGUGCGCAUUAGAUUCGAUGGUGCAUUAGACUUGAGUAAAUACAGUAUAUUCCAUGAGAGUUUGAUUAUUCAGCAGCAAACCCAUAUAACUGAAGGUGAAAGCGGUUUGCUUUGACACAACAGAAGAGGUUUUGGAUUCUCAUCCAAAUGGAGUAAAAGAAAGGCCAAUUGUCUUCCAAGGGUGGUAUUCCAGUUUGUUCUGUGAAAUAUUAAUACAAUAGCAAGAAAUAAUAACUCCUGCUUCACCUAGUACAUUGUAGGUAUUGCACUAUACCAUAUUUGAAAUAGUAAAGAGGAAAAACAUAACCAAGCACAAAAAGACAAAUGGAUAUAUUGAUUGAGGGUGAGUUUAUGAAAGCCUGUUUCAAGGAAGAUCUAUUUGAUUUCUCAUCUGGUCUCGUAGUACAGUGGUUUUCAACCAGUGUGCCGUGGCACUCUGGGGUGCCUUGAAUGAUAGUCAGGGGUGCCGCGGGCAACACUGGCCUCUGUCCCUCCUCACAUCUCUGCCUCCCAAAGGUUUCUACAGCUGUUUGUUGCAGUGGCCCUGGCUAUGAGCUCGCCAGGCAAAUAUUACCUCUGGGGCUGGCCAGGGGGUCCUUUGGGGCGGGGGGGGGGGGGAGAGACUCACAGGUCUGGGGCUGCAGCUGCCCAGAGGACUUCCAAGGGGUGAGGAGGCUGAGGGAAUACUCCAUAAGGGAGGGUGUUCGAAAAAGGGUGAGAGGCAGCUGGCUCUGCAGGCAAGGGGUGACGUAACUGGGCUCCUAAGCCCCACAGGGUUGCCACAGAAAGAAUGCAGUUGGUCAAGGGAGCCGUGGACUCAGAAAUGAUUGAAAACCUGUCCUAGUCGUAUUAAACCAGGAUGGUGAAUCUGUGGGCUACAUACUAUGACCUCCACGCUAAAAAAUCUGACAGCUCCUGUGGGUCACCUGCUGUGAUGCCAUGCUAAGUGUUUUGUGCCCUUGCAAGACGCCUCAGAGAUUUUUCUAUUUUAAGAAGAGUUUAGAUUCCCCCCCCCCAAAGUAACUUAAAACAUUUACUGACUGCCCCCAUAGGCCACCUGCUACUGUGAUCCCAACAUAUUUUUGUGGCUCUUCACAAAAUUUGUUAGUAAAAACUGUGCCCGCUUUGCACCUUGGCUGCUUCUGCUUUGGCAUGCGCCUUUUCAGGCGCUGCGAGCCAUCCUUGUCAUUUUGGUUUUUCAGCUCUGGUAAAGCAUGCAUCCAACUCAGUUCAGUUUCGACAGCUCCAGCUUUAUAAGCACGAAAUGCAGCACUUUGUGAAAGUUAUUCAAGGCUACAUUGCCAACCAAAUCCUGCACGUGACGUGGUGUGAAUUUGGAAAUAAACUGUCUUCUGUGGGGAACUUGGAGGAAAUCUACAGAACGCAUGCUGACUACCUCAACAAAGCCAUCUUCCGGUAAGACGAUUCUUUAACAUAGCGUUGCAAUUUGCCUUCCCUUGUCUGCAUGUAGAGAUGGACAAUUCUCCUGUAACUAGAAAGUUGGGUGGACGUGUCUUUUCAUUUAUAGGCUUCUGUCACCAGUUCUGCUGCCACUGUGAUGUAGACAGUGAGAGGAACUAGUAGGCCCCACCACUUAGGCAUUGCAAAUAUGGGAACUUGGGCAAAGGGCUAAGGAGAGUUGCACUUUGCUUUCAACAUAUUUGCAACAUCUGAGAAAGAGAACCAGACCAAUUCUCUCACAGACUGCACAAUGCCUCUCACUUCACCCAGCUUAUGGACUGAGGAAGGGAAAAGUGAAGUGGGAAGGAGCAGGAAGAUGGAGACAGAAAUGUCUCCGAGGGCCAAAGCAGGGAAAUUACAGCACAGAGGAGAGCAGAAAGACCUAAACCUCUAAGCCCAGCCCCUUGGUGUGGAUGCAUCUUGUCCCUCCCCAAUUAUCAGACUAAUCGUUUGAGGAGAGGGUGAUAGGGAAGCUUUUAAUGUUUAAUAGACUACUGUAUUUUAAUAUUUUGUUGGAAGCCACCCAGAGUGGCUGGGGAAGCCCAGCCAGAUGGGCUGGGUAAUAAUAAAAUAAUAAUAAUAAUAAUAAUAAUAAUAAUAAUAGGAAGAAGAUACCCACACCCACAGCUGGUCUGCAUGGAUCAUUUAUGGAGGGUGUCUGUGCGUGUCUUUGUGCAUUUGCUGUGGAUGGAAUGCCACACCCCCAAUUAGCAGGGCUGGGCUUGUUGAAGCAGAGGGAAGAACAAGCUGUACUGCAGCUUGUUUCUCCCUCUGCAGCGGUAUCAGGGCAGACUGCGAUUGCGGUUUCACUCAACAGUAUAUCGCUGGGGAAACGUCCAUUGCUCAUGAGUCCCAGCACCCAGCUGCCACUUGUUUUUCCCUCAAUGCACUGGGCGCUGGUAGCAGAGGGACUCAGGAGGCAGCAGUUUCACCAGCGAUAUACUACUGAGUGAAUCUGUCAUUGCAAUCUUCCCCUAAUACCGGUCGUAGGCGAUAUAUAGGCCAGGCCCACCCCCUGGGCAAAUGCAUCUCUGACUUGCAGUAGCAAUCUGAAACAAGCUAAGCCUUAGUAAAUGCUAUAUAGUACCUGGCUGCAUCUAGUCCAUCAAAAUGUUAUUUAGGAUAACUAUAUCCUAGUACUGAAAGGUAAGAAGAUACAAAGGACACAAAUUCACUAUAUAACUGGCAUGUUGUCUUUCCUAUCCGAAACAAUUCAAAAAUUCCAUCUGCAAUCAAACCUCAGCAGGCAUGUUUUUUAAGAUGCUCCUAAACAUUGCUGCAGAUGAAAAGUAUUGCUGCUUGCUAACUUAAUAUCAAAACCAUCUCUUUUCUUUUGACAGAGGAUUGUUGACUGAAAAGGCAGCCCCUGUAAUGAACAUUAUUCACAGCAUCUUCAGCCUCAUUUUAAAGUUCCGUAGCCAGUUAAUCUCUCAGCCGUGGAGUUUCGAUACCAGCAAACAAAUGGCUGUUCAUCCCAACUUUGGCUUAAUGCAGCAGUCUUAUAACACGUUCAAGUACUACUCCCAUUUCUUAUUCAACGGUAAGACUUCUGUUGUUGCAAGGAUGGGAACCUGGGGGCUGUCCCUAAACUCCCCAUCAGCCUCUGAUAGCAUGGCCGAUGGUAAGGGAUGAUGGAAGUUGUAGUCUAGCAACUUCUGGCGGAGGGGCACAGUUUCCCCAAUUUUGGGGUAUUGCAAAGAUGUGUUUAUACUCAGUUUGGAAAUAAAAACAUCCUCUGCACAGGACAGCUGGGAAGUCUUAGUGUUUCUUGGCAAGUUUGCUUAGUGCAGAGACUCAGGAAAAGCUUUCUUCUGCUUUUCUGAGUUUUCAAGGUCUAGGAUGGGGCAACAGGACAUGAGCCGGGUGAUAUUUCAGUUCAUCAUCUGAAACCAGUGUGAAGUUCAGAUCAAAAUACUGGUUUCACACUUUCUGAGCUAGCAAAUACAUUGCGGCUCCCUGGCCACCAACCAGCACAGCACAUGCUGGCGGCUGGCAAGCUGCAAUGUCUUGCCAGCUUAAAUUACCUGCCUGCAUGCUUGCCUUUGCCCAAGCAAGCAGGGUGGGCCCAGGAGGAGAGAGGCACUUGCACUGGCAAAGACAAACGUGCAAAAGGAACAACUUCUCAUGUUUCCUCUGCUGGGGCUGGGCUGCAGAGGGAGGUGGGGAGUGGGCAGGAGCUCCUUUGCCCAAGCAAGUGGGCAGCUUCCUUCCCUUUCUCUUGGUUGCUUCUCCCUCCACAGCCCAGCCACUUUCUCAGCCUUUUCCAGUGUUAUUUCAGACAUCGUGAUACAUCACUAUAUUGUGAUGGUUAACUGGUGAUAUUUCAUGCCCAGUCCUAGUCGUGACUGUGUUCCCAUUAUUUUAAACCAGCCCUCCCCAACCCAAUAUGCUUCAGAUGUUGUUUGACUGCAAUUCCUGUCAGCUCUGACCAGCAGGAUCAAUGUCAUGUCUGAAGCAGGCCAUUGUGUAAAGCUUGCAUGAUCUUCAACAGGAAGAGCUGCACCUAUAGAAGAUAACAUAGGUUACCUUAGAUUGGGGUCAGGCUACUUGUCCAUCUUGCCCAGUAUUUGUCUCCUCUGGCUGGCAGUACUGUCCAGAAUUGCAGACACAGAUCUUUAACAUCGCUAGCUUCCUGGAUGCCAGAGAUUGAACCUUGGCCUGUUGGCAUGUAGAGGAUGUGCUCUGCUAUAGUCCUUCCACUUGGCGUUCUGCUUUCAGUCCUACGUAUGUUUGCUCAGAAUCUGGUGUGCUCAACAGACCUUCCAGCAGUUGUAAGCGAAAUCUGUAGAGUACUGUGCUUAAUUGAGUUUGUUAGCAUGGGCAAGUGAAAUAAUAUUUAUGAUAAAAGAGAGAGCAGAUGCCUAAAGUGUUCUUGGUUGGAACCUGUAAAAACGAAUAGGCUCAAUUGAAAUGAAACCUCUGCUAGGACAAAUAUCAUUGAGCUUGUGCACACUGUUAAGAGAGGAAUAUCAGAGGGACAGAGAUUUGAGGCUGACCGAUCUGUAUAUCUCUUGCCAUAUUAAACAAGUGUUUUAUUUUCUCUUCUUACAGUAGUAACUAAGCUUGUAAACAGGGGGUACCAGCCUCACCUGGAAGAUUUCCUGUUGCGAAUCAACUUUAAUAACUACUACAAAGACAACUGA